GUAUUUAAAUAGUGAGGGAUAAUGUAGUUAUAGUUUAGUUGUUUGAGUGUCAAAACAGUAAGAUGUUGGUGCCUUGGUUUUUGGCGUUAGUGGUAUUUGCCGGAGAAGUAACCUGCCGUUCAAGUAAAAUCAUAGGGGGUGCGCCUACUACUGUUGACCUGUACCCUUCAAUCGUUCAGGUUGACAUGCAAAACAUGUUGUCAGGUGAUUGGUUUAAAACAUGCGCCGGCAGCAUCCUCACAGCAAGAACUAUCUUAUCUGCUGCACACUGUUUCGAAGGAUCGCUGUACGAACCAAGGUUUCGUCGCAUACGAGCCGGUGCGACGUUCAGAAAUGUGGGGGGAACCUUAGUCUAUGUGGCGAACACCUAUAACCACCCUUCGUAUGGUCAAGACAUUCUUAAGGGAUAUGAAGGCGAUAUAAGCCUGGUCAGAUUAACCAACCCCCUGGUUUACUCCCCCGUCAUCCAGCAGACUUCCAUACCUCCCCAGGACAGCAUCAUCCCUGACAACCUGCCGGUCGUACACGCUGGCUGGGGUGCCACUUUGGAACCAGGUAAUCCGACGUCAGAAGUUCUUCGAAACGUCCAAAUCUAUACCAUCAACAACGAACUUUGCGCCAAAUGGUACGCUGCCCUAGAACAUCGACCGGUUACCGAAAAAAUGAUUUGCACUGGUAUCCUCGAUGUCGGCGGCAAGGGCGCCUGUACUGGAGACCACGGCGGACCUAUGUACUACGGGAACAUCACUAUUGGGGUGGUAUCCUGGGGCGAGGGGUGUGGCCACGCCACUUUCCCUGGUGUCAGCGUCAAUGUUGCCUCGUACGUCGACUGGAUUAUUGAUCACACGAUUUAAAUCUACUUCUUCAUCCUAAAGCUUAUCCUAGUGUACCUGAA